CAGCGAGAGCGUGGAACAGAGAUGAGUACCGAAGCAGAACAGCAGCUUCUCCAUGAUGCUAGAAAUGGAAAUGCUGAAGAAGUUAAGCAGCUGUUGGAUACCAUGAGCAAAGGAGAAAUAAUCUUCGACAUCAACUGUAAAGGAAGAAGUAAAUCUAAUAUGGGUUGGACACCUCUUCACCUUGCAUGCUACUUUGGACAUGCUGUUGUGGUAGAGGAUUUGCUGAAGGCUGGUGCAGUUGUGAAUGUGCUGAAUGACAUGGGAGACACUCCACUCCAUCGUGCAGCUUUCACAGGACGUAAGGAGGUGGUGAUGUUACUCUUGCAGUAUAAUGCUGAUGCUUCUAUUGUUAAUGGGAGUGGAGAAACAGCAAAAGAAGUUACUCAUGAUAAAGACAUAAGGAAUAUGUUGGAAGCAGUUGAAAGGACGCAAGAAAGGAAGCUGGAAGAAGAACUCUUAGGAGCAGCAAGAGAUGGGGAAACAGGGAAACUGUCUGCUUUGUUAAACAAGCCCAAACCGCCUGAUAUCAAUUGUGUGGAUCAGAUGGGGAACACACCUUUGCAUUGUGCAGCAUACCGUGCUCACAAACACUGCGCAUUGAAACUUCUAAAAAAUGGAGCAGAUCCUAAAAUAAGAAAUAAAAAUGAUCAGACACCCCUUGAUCUAGCCCAAGGUGCAGAAAUGAAGCUAAUACUGGGAGGUAAAACCGGAAAGGUUAUCAACAAACCACUGAGACGAUACGAAGGUCUCCUAUGGAAGAGCUCACGAUUUUUUGGUUGGAGACUUUACUGGAUAGUACUAGAGCAUGGAGUCCUUUCCUGGUAUCGAAGACAAGCUGAUGCAGUAAAUAAUGAGCAUCGUCAGGGAUGCAAGCAUCUAACACAAGCUGUGUGCACGGUAAAAUCUACAGACAGUUGCUUCUUUUCUGUCAGGUGUUUUGAUGACACAGUUCAUCGUUUCAAGAUCCCUAAAAACAAUCUUCCAUCUCAUACUAGAGAGAGUUGGCUAGAAGCAAUAGAAGACCACUCUGCAUACAGCACUCACUACUGCACACAGGAGCAGCUGAGUAGCGAUGAUGAGGAAGAUGAUUCAGUAUCUGUUACAGACCUACAAGAAACACUGAAAAAAGCACAAGCAUGCCAACAAAGACUCAGUAAAGAGAUUUCAGACUUUCUUGCAAUGGUUAAAUCUUUGGAUGUUACAAAAGGUAUAUCUUCUCCUCUACUGCAAAAAGUUGAUGUGGUCUCUGAAGUAUCCCAGGAAACUUGUGAGGCCCUGGCUGACUGCCUCAACCUAUUCACAAAGCAGGAAGGGGUGAGGAAUUUGAAACUGGAGCAUGAGCAGGAGAAAAACAAGAUCUUGUCAGAAGCAUUAGAGACACUAGCUACUGAGCACCAUGAACUAGAGCAGUCUCUGGUUAAGGGAUCUCCUCCUCUCAGCAUCAUCAGUGAGGAGCAGUUCUAUGAUGCUGUUUCAGAUUCAGAAUCUGAAAAAUCAUUAAGUGUGUUUGAAACUGUAACAGCAUACUCACUAGAAGACAACAUGGAUACAAAAGAUACAAUAACUUCAAGCAUGUCUGAAGAAAAGGUUUGUGGCAGUGGAGAGUCGAUGUCUAAUGGAAUCAAAAAACACAGAACAAGCUUGCCAUCUCCAAUGUUUUCCAGAAAUGACUUUAGUAUUUGGAGUAUCUUAAGAAAAUGCAUUGGAAUGGAAUUGUCCAAGAUCACAAUGCCAGUUAUAUUCAACGAGCCACUGAGCUUCCUUCAGCGACUUACAGAGUACAUGGAGCACACAUACCUCAUCCACAAAGCCAGCUCUCUGUCUAGCACAACUGAGCGAAUGCAGUGUGUUGCUGCAUUUGCUGUGUCUGCUGUAGCCUCGCAGUGGGAACGUACGGGGAAGCCAUUCAACCCACUGCUUGGAGAGACGUAUGAAUUGAUCAGAGACGAUCUUGGAUUUAGACUUCUCUCAGAGCAAGUUAGCCAUCAUCCACCAAUCAGUGCUUUCUAUGCUGAAGGUUUAAAUAAUGAUUUUGUGUUUCAUGGAUCGAUUUAUCCUAAACUCAAAUUCUGGGGCAAGAGCGUGGAAGCAGAACCAAAAGGCACAAUGACUUUGGAGCUUCUUGAACACAACGAAGCCUACACAUGGACAAAUCCUACUUGCUGCGUGCAUAACAUUAUUGUGGGCAAACUUUGGAUUGAGCAGUAUGGAAAUGUGGAAAUAACUAACCACAAAACUGGUGAGAAAUGUGUGCUGAGUUUCAAGCCCUGCGGCCUCUUUGGGAAGGAGCUGCAUAAAGUUGAAGGCUACAUUCAGGACAAAAGCAAAAAGAAACUUUGUGCAUUGUAUGGGAAGUGGACGGAGUGUUUGUACAGUGUUGAUCCAGCUACUUUUGAAGCUUAUAAAAAGAAUGACAAGAAAAACACAGAAGAGAAGAAAAGCAGUAAACAGGUGAGCAACACUGAGGAACCUGAUGAGAUGCCACUGCCAGAUUCUGAGAGCGUGUAUGUUAUUCCUGGAAGUAUUUUACUAUGGAAGAUAACUCCAAGACCUCCAAAUUCAGCGCAGAUGUACAAUUUCACUAGCUUUGCUAUGGCUUUGAAUGAAUUGGACAAAGAAAUGGAAAGUGUCAUUCCCAAAACUGACUGCCGGCUACGACCGGAUAUCAGAGCCAUGGAAAAUGGAGAAAUAGAUCUGGCUAGUGAGGAGAAGAAGAGGCUAGAAGAAAAGCAAAGGACCGCCCGCAAAAAUCGUUCAAAGUCAGAGGAAGACUGGAAGACGAGUCACUCAUCAUCCCAGAGUCCCAGAUGGUUCCAUCAAGGCCCCAACCCCCACACCGGCACACAGGACUGGCUCUAUUCUGGCAACUACUGGGACAGAAACUACUUUAAUUUGCCUGAUAUUUAUUAAAAUGCAAUAAGAAGCCUGUGGCUGAUACAAAUAAGUCUUAAUCUGUUUUAAUGUUUUCCCUCAUUUUACUUACCUCCUAAAAGAACUAACAUGUUAUCCAACAGAAUAUUACGCAUCUCCGCAGUAAAUCUGGCGGUACGUGACUGCGGUCCCUUAGGUAGGGGAUGAACUUUUCUGGCUGGCGGUGGGUCCUACGUGGACAAAGUCAGCAAGUCACCAAGAUGUACAGCUGCCUGGUUUGCUGAAUACACCUAUAUUAGGUUGUGGUGUAUGAGGAACGGAACACCUUGGCUGUUCUGUGAAUGCCUUCUUUCAUACAUAACAUUGGCACAAGCAAAACUGGUUUUAUUUAUUAUGACAUGGGAAUGUCUAAAAGCACACAAAGUCAUUGCAAUAUUCUGUUCUUCAAGCAAAGGAGGGUGUGUCACUUUUGUACAGAGGCAAUUUUUCAUAAAGCGACUUUUCUUUUAAUGAAGUAACUCCCUUGAAUCCUGAGCUCUGGUCAGAGCUCCCAGAAGCGUGCCCAUCUCUGGAGCCUUCAUGCAGUUGUUUAAGCUGGUGACGUUACUCAGAGGUAUUUAUUCAAUAUUUUGUGCAGUGUGUUUUGAAUUUCGCUCUCCUUUUUUUGCUACAAGCCUUAUGGUUUAAGGAAUUAAGAGCCAUUUGAACACCUAUGGAUUGGAUUUCAACUGCACACUAAUAACAGGUUUGAAAAGAAUCUGUUCAAUGCACUAUGAGUUCUGGUGCCCAGCACCACUGCAAACAGGCAAGAAGUGGAUCAGUCUGGGACCCGGUGGGACUGUCUGCACAGUGCAGGCUGCCUGGAAGCCUUGUGCAUCUCAGAGGUAGGAAGGCACUUCAGCGAGGCCUCCUGUGCACAGCUGCUUUACCCCUUUUCAGUGGGGUGCAUUCAAUCUUAGAGUGUAAGUUUACACUGAACUGUGUACAGAGCUUCUAGAGGGCGAGCUGUUCCUUGUACAAUAUUUUAACUGCUGUCUGGAGGUUAGUGUUAAUUGAAUAAUUUAAUUGCUACUAAAUAAAGGCUUCAAAACUUCUUGCA